AUGUAUUCUGAUGUUAUGCUCUCAAAAUUAUUCCAGUGUACGCUUUCAACCACUUUAAAGAAAAUUCUGCAGUGUGAUGUUUGUGAAAAAUGUUUUGCAGCACCAUCAAGCCUUAAUGCUCACAUGAGAGUUCAUACAAGAGAAAAACCUUUUAAAUGUGAUGUUUGUGAAAAGUGUUUUUCUCAAUCAAGUUCUCUAGGAGCUCACAUGAAAAUACAUACUGGAGAAAAACCUUUCAAAUGUGGUGUUUGUGAAAAAUGUUAUUCACGGUCUGGUCAUCUUAUUGUUCACAUGAGAACACAUUCUGGAGAAAAACCCUACCAAUGUGAUGUUUGUAAAAAGUGCUUUGCAUCGUCACGUUACCUGAAUGCUCACAUGAGAAUGCAUACUACAUCAGUAUGUUUUACAAGAUCAAAUGAUCUGAAAGUUCACAUGAGAACACAUACAGGAGAGAAACCUUACCAAUGUGAUGUUUGUAAAAAGUGGUUUAACCGAUCAAAUAAUUUAAAGGUUCACAUGAGAAUACAUACAGGAGAAAACCUUUACCAAUGUGAUGUUUGUAGUAAAUGGUUUACCCGGGCUAAUCAUCUUAAGGUUCACAUGAAAAUACAUACUGGAGAGAAACCAUACCAAUGUGAUGUUUGUAAUAAGUGCUUUACUCAAUCAAGUACUCUAAGAACUCACAAGAAAAUACAUACAGGAGAGAAACCUUACAAAUGUGAUGUUUGUGGAAAGUAUCAUACUGGAGAGAAACCAUACCAAUGUGAUGUUUGUAAAAAGGGUUUUACGACGACAAGUUCACUUAAGGGAAGAAAAAUUCACAAAUGUGACGUUUGUGAAAAAUGUUUUGCAGUAGUAUCUAAACUUAAAGGUCACAUGAGAACACAUACUGGAGAGAAACCAUAUCAAUGUGAUGUUUGUAAAAAGUGUUUUGCUGAGGCAAGUACCCGAAAUAUUCACCUAAGAACACAUACUGGAGAGAAACCAUACAAAUGUGAUGUUUGUGAAAUGUGUUUUUCUCAAUUAAGUAGUCUACAGACUCACUUGAAAAAACAUUCUGGAGAGAAACCAUAUGAAUGUGGUGUUUGUAAAAAAUGUUACACGAAGUCAAGUAAUCUGGUUAUUCAUAUGAGAAUACAUUCUGGAGAAAAACCUUACAAUUGUGAUGUUUGUGGGAUGAAUUAUAUGUCCUUACCUAGUCUAAAAAGCCAUUCUAAGGUACAUAGUGGAGAGAAACCUUACAAAUGUGAUGUUUGUAAUAAAUGUUUUAGUGAGGCUGGUGUACUUAAUGUUCACAAGAGAACGCAUACUGGAGAGAAACCAUACAAGUGUGGCAUUUGUGAAAAUGAUUUUACUCAUGCAAGUUCACUUAAUGUUCACAUGAGGAGACAUACCGGAGAGAAACCUUACAAAUGUGAUGUUUGUGAAAAGUGUUUUACAAAGUCAUGUUCGCUUAAUGUUCACAUGAGAGUUCAUACUGGAGAGAAACCUUACCAAUGUGAUUUUUGCGAAAAAUGCUUCAGUGAGUCAAGCUCACUAACUGUUCACAUCAGAACACAUACUGGAGAGAAACCUUACCAAUGUGAUGUUUGUGAAAAGUGUUUUGCAUCUUCUAAAGGUCUACGAAGACAUAUAAAAACACAUGUUACAUUUCUAUAA